CUGCGCAGGCGCAGCUGCAGCUUGAGUACGCGCUGCAGAGGGACCAAUAAACGGAGAAACUUUUAUUUAAGCUUUUUAUAAACUUUUAUAUUUUUAUAUUUCUGUUUGACCCGGUAACGGGGGACAGGCUGUGACGUCACGCAGCGUGUGAGAAACGGCACGAGACACGAGCGCGAGAGCAACGGCUGUUUGAGCAACACGGAAGUUCGGAUAAAGCUCAGCUACAGCCACUGACUGUGAACACAAAGUGAUGAAGAGGAGCCAGCUGCUGUCUGUGCUGGUGGGCGGAGUCUUCUGCCUGGCUGUGAUGUCACUGUACCGCAUGCUGGAGCUGAUGCAGGGGGCGGAGCUAAAGAGGAGCCGGGAGAUACCCAUGGUGAACGAGGAUUUGUCCCGCCUCCAGGAGAAGAUUGACAGGUUGGAGCGUCUCCUUAGCGACAACAAUCGUCUGGUUGCUACGUUACGUGACUCUUUACUCCAGCACAAAGCACCAUGGGAGAAAGGAGGGGGAGGGGUUAACAAGAGCUCAAGCCCCGCCCACAGCAAAGCUGAACCUCCACCUGGCUGCCGAUUGGCCGAAGAGAUGACGGACGGAAAGAAUGGCGUUCAGCUGCUGGACGUCUACGACCUCCUACCCUUUGACAACCCUGAUGGCGGUGCCUGGAAACAGGGCUUUGACAUCAGUUACCAUGACAACGACUGGGACAAUCAGCCGCUAGAGGUGUUCGUGGUUCCUCACUCUCACAACGACCCAGGCUGGUUGAAGACCUUCGACAGCUACUACCAGGACCAGACCAAACACAUUCUAGACAACAUGCUGAUCAAACUCACCGCUGACCCCAGGAGGAAGAUGAUCUGGGCAGAAAUCAGUUAUUUCUCCAAGUGGUGGAAUGACAUCGACGAGCAGAGGAGAGACAUGGUCAAACGCCUGUUGGAGGCGGGUCAGUUGGAGCUGGUGACAGGUGGCUGGGUGAUGGCGGACGAGGCGAACUCUCACUACUUCGCUCUGCUGGAUCAGCUGAUGGAGGGACACCAGUGGAUGCAGAAACACCUGGGUGUGCAUCCGAGCAGGGGGUGGGCCAUUGACCCCUUUGGCCACUCCCCCUCCAUGACCUACCUGCUAAAGGGGGCGGGGCUCCAGGACAUGGUCAUACAGCGAGUUCACUACUCUGUCAAGAAGCACUUCGCCCGGCAACAGACGCUGGAGUUUCUAUGGCGACAGAACUGGGACUCCUCCCCUCGCAGUGACAUCACAUGUCACAUGAUGCCAUUCUACAGCUAUGAUGUACCGCACACGUGCGGUCCAAACCCGGCGGUCUGCUGUCAGUUUGAUUUCCAUCGUCUGCCAGGCAGGCGGGUCAGCUGUCCGUGGAAGAUUCCACCUCAGCCAAUCACAGAGGAGAACAUCAAGGAGAGAGCAGUCCUCCUCUUGGACCAGUACCGUCAGAAGUCCCGCCUCUUCAGCUCGCCGGUCCUCCUCGUUCCCCUCGGUGAUGACUUUAGAUACAUGGAGUCGAGCGAGUGGGACGUUCAGUUUGACAACUAUCAGAAACUGUUUGACUACUUCGACCAACACCCAGAGCUGCACGUUAAGGCUCGUUUCGGGACACUCUCUGAUUACUUCCUGUCUCUUCAUAAACGUCUGAGUGCUGCAGGAACGACCUUACCCACGUUACGUGGCGACUUCUUCACAUACGCCGACAGAGACGACCAUUACUGGAGCGGGUACUACACGUCCAGACCGUUCUAUAAACGCCUGGACAGAACGCUGGAAGCCACGCUCAGAGCAUCGGAAAUCCUCUUCAGUCUCACGCUGGCUGAAAUGCGGCGUUUCCAAGGCGACGGUAAGCUGGUCGCUGAUUUCCCAGCCCGUGAUCACUUUAAACGUCUGACGGCGGCGAGGAGGAGCUUGGGGCUGUUCCAGCAUCAUGAUGCUGUCACCGGCACCGCCCGCGACCCUGUCGUGGUGGACUACGGCAACAGAUUGUUUCAUGCCAUCAUCAACCUGAGAAAGGUGCUGCAGAGCUCCGCCCACUGGCUUAUCUUAUUGGACAAGAGCCAGUACCAUCACGACCAAUCAAAACCCUUCAUGGAAACGGAGGAGGUGAUAUCAGGACACGACUCUCUACCUCAGAAGACGAAGGUGAAGAUCUCUGACCAGCCCAGGUCCCUGGUCGUCUUCAACCCGUCUGAACAGCUCCGUUCCUCCGUCGUCAGCGUUGUUGUCGACUCUCCAGAUGUCCAGGUUGUUGACGCUGAAACAGGUCGACCAAUAGCUGCACAGAUCUCUGCAGUGUGGGCGGAGCCAGGCCAAGCCUCUACAGAAGCUUUCCAGCUCGACUUCCUGGCUGAACUUCCUCCUCUGUCCCUGGUCGUUUAUCAUGUGACCAAAGCCUCAGAAGGCUCCGCCCACCGGGUUCAGUACACCUUCAGUCGUCGUGGUAACCUGCCAUCGGUCAGGUCUGAACACUUUAAGAUGUUUCUGCUGGAGGGAGCCGAGGCCGACGCCCCCCUGUCACUCAGCAACAAGCACGUCCAAAUAUGGGCUUCCUCUGAGACAGGCUUCCUGCAGAAGCUCCGCCUCCAGUCUGGUCUGGUCCGUCAGAUCCAGGUCCAGUUCCUGUGGUACGGGACCACGUCAAACCGGGAUAAGAGCGGAGCGUACCUUUUCCUGCCGGGACCAGAGGGAGCCCAGGUUUACUCGCCCUCUGAGCCCCCCCUGAUCCGGGUCUCCAGAGGUCCAGUCUUCUCUGACAUCACUUCCUUUUAUAGACACUUCACACACACGGUCCGCCUCUACCACCUGGAAGGACACGCUGGGAGAUCCCUGGAGAUGUCUAACGUAGUUGACAUCAGGUCAGAGGUCAACCGAGAGCUUGUCAUGAGGCUCGUCAGUGACGUCAACAACGGUAACCGUUUCUUCACCGACCUCAAUGGUUUCCAGAUGCAGCAGCGGCGGACUCUGGCGAAGCUCCCCCUGCAGGCCAAUUUUUACCCGAUGACCUCGGCGGCGUUCAUCCAGGACUCAACGUCUCGUCUGUCUCUGCUGUCGGCUCAGAGUCUGGCCGUCGCCGCGCUACGGCCAGGUGAGCUGGAGGUGGUGCUGGACCGCCGUCUGCAGCAGGAUGAUAACCGCGGCCUGGGUCAGGGCGUCACCGACAACAAGCUGACCGCCAGCCUCUACCAGCUGCUGCUGGAGGACCGGGUGGACCGGACUAAGGAAGUGGGAGGAGCCACAAUAGAACACCUGUCCUUGCUCGCCCACCUCACCUCGCUCUCUCUCUGCCACCCACCGAUCACCAUGGUUACCCCAAUCAGCAGCCAGCUGCCUAAGCUCCGCCCCUUCCUGCCCCUCCGCUCCUCUUUGCCGUGUGACGUUCACCUGUUGAACCUGAGGACACUGGAGGACGCUCAGAAAGCAGAAAGUCCCUCACAGGAAGUAGCUUUACUCCUACACAGGAAGGGCUUUGACUGUAGCUCCGCCCCCCCACCAUCAUUACAGUGCACGUGGAGCGUGCACGAGGAGGUGAACCUCAGCGAUCUCUUCUCUCCUCUACAGUUUAAAUCGUUUCGUCAGUCUGGUCUCACUCUGCUGAGAGAACAGGAUGAACCAGAAUCCGCCCGGCAACAGGAGCAGCCCCACAUCACUCAGCUCCGACCAAUGGAAAUCAGCGCUUUCAGAGUGGAGAUCAACUGAACAACAGAUAAAACAAAAUUUAGACUUAUUAUAAAUUUAACCAAGGAAAGACUAGGGAUAAGAGCGGCCAAUCAGAGACAACCAUAGAGCAGCCAAUCAUAGACAACAAUAGAGGGGCCAAUCAGGGACAACCAUAGAGCAGCCAAUCAGAGACAACAACAGAGCGGCCAAUCAGAGACAACCAUAGAGCAGCCAAUCAGAGACAACAAUAGAGCGGCCAAUCAGAGACAACAACAGAGCGGCCAAUCAGAGACAACCAUAGA